AUGGCAUCUCAUAGUUUGAGCCUAUCUACACCACAAUUUCCUUCCAAUAGACCAAUCCAGAACCUUCAUUCCAAUCUUUUCUUGUCACCUUCACGUCUUCAUACCAAACCCACAACAACAACACUUUCUUCCUCAAUUCGAGCUAUGGGUUCUUCACCUUCUUCUGGCUCAAACACCACGGGAUUUGAAUCAGGAUCUAAUACUGUUGAUUAUAAAUCUUUAAGCGAUGUGGAAUGGAAGAAACGGUUAACGGAUGAGCAGUUUUAUGUUACUCGGAAAAAGGGAACUGAGAGAGCUUUCACUGGGGAGUACUGGAAUACCAAAACUGAAGGGACUUACCAUUGCAUAUGUUGUGACACACCCUUAUUUGAAUCAUCUACUAAGUUUAAUAGUGGAACUGGCUGGCCGUCCUAUUACCAGCCGAUUGGUAAAAAUGUAAAAUCAAAGCUAGAUUUGUCGAUUAUAUUCAUGCCUCGCCAGGAAGUACUCUGUGCUGCCUGUGAUGCUCAUCUUGGACACAUUUUCGAUGAUGGUCCUCCACCCACAGGAAAGCGUUACUGUAUCAACAGUGCUUCCCUGAAGCUCAAACCAAGGCAGUGA